GCCCAUGAUUGAACCUGCUCCAAACAACAACAGCGUCUCUCGCUCGCGGCCGGAUUUAGCGCGGACUGGGGUCGCUCUGGAUCCGUAUUGACUCGUUGUGGGGUGAAUCAGAGGCUGUGGUCUGCGCCUGCAGCGGUGCAUCGUGUUUCUGUGGAUGUUUACGGCACAGACGCGGUGAGAUGAGGUGAGAGGCUGCGCCGUGCAGUAAUUUAUCGCGGUGAUGAUGGAGCCAUAACGCGGCUGAUGCGAGAGGCGGAGGGUGGGGCCACGGAGGGAGCAGACUGUCUCUGACCGCGCUGCCGCCAGUCACCGGGCCCUGCCCGCCCUGGAGAAAAGGCUGCUGCUGCUACUGAACGGAGGAUGAGCGGUCCGCGGUAGCGCGGUGCAGUCGUCAUCCUCCGCUCCAACAGGACUCAUUAUGAACGACACACAGGAAAUGUCUCCGGACUUCGUGCUGAUGCGGCUGGUGUCCGCGGCCGAGGAGCGGCUGGACGCGGAGAAUGGGAACGUCUCUGCGGUAAACGGAGUGGCGUUGGGCCACAGUGGAGGCAAAGCGGCUCUGGAGCUCAGCAGAGAGCAGGGCCUUGACAACAAAGCAGAGUCAGAGCCGCAGAGGCACGAGGGCCCCGGCUUUGAGUUCAGCACAAGCCCCGGAUUGAGGCCGCAGCUGCUCGUGUUCCCAGAGCUGGAUCUGGACCGCGGUCCCGCUGUAAACAACAACAACGGCCUGAGCGCGCAAGACGCGCAGCAUCCUCCGGACGAGCCCCCAGGCGCGGACAGAGCUACGCGGGGGGCAGUGUUUGAGCUCGCGCGGAGGUUUGGGGAGCUGCCGCGGUGCUCGUGUCAGGCCCCUCACGCACCAGGGGCCGCGGGGCCCGAGGUGGACGACCCCACGGAGACCAGUGAUGCCCUUCUCGUGCUGGAGGGCCUCGGAGGCGCACUGGACGAACCGCAAAGCGACGCGGAAGAUGCAGCGCGGCAGGACUUUCUGCUGCACAGAAAACGCGACAUUGUGCAGAAAAUGUCAGUAUCCAUCAGCAGCCUCCAAGCGGAGCUCACGCGCCAGGUGCAAGCUCACGUGCAGGGUGCAGAUGGAGGCGUGCCCUCUGACGUCACACAGGUAACUGCAAAGACUCCUGUCUCACCUGGGCUGCACUUGGCCCGUAGUCCUAGUCCAGGGCUCACGUGCAUGCCCAGUCUCACUUGCACGCCCAGGAGAAGACCCGAGCGCUGUUCGAGCGCUCCUCGGACUCCAUGCACGAGCCGUGCCGCAGCAGCAUCAGGAGAGAAAACUCUGAAGGGAAAGUCCAAAAAAGGCCUAAAGGUUCGUCUGAGUAAGCUCUUCAGAACCAAGAGCUGCAGUGGCUCCUCGCAUCUCCUGGACAAACGACCCUCCAUGACUUCAGUGUCAUCGUCCAACAGCCUCCUGGACGUGGGCGCGGAGCAGGACACAGCACACAGCCAGCCCAGACUGACCCGGGCCCACAGUGCCUUCUCUCCUGCUGCCCUCUCGGCUUCACUUGCUGCUUUUGCUGGUGAGACGGUCUCGUUGGUGGAUGUGGACAUUUCACGUAGAGGGACAAACACUCCUCACCCUCCCACGCCUCCUCCCCCUCCACGCCGCUCCCUCAGUCUUUUAGAUGAUUUUGCGGGUGCUGUACCAGUGCAGCGGGGGCCCUUCGUACUCAGUGUGAUGGGGGCAUCUCUUCAGUCCCUUCCCCUGCCCCCCCCUCCUCCUCCCUCCCUCUCCAUCCACCACAGCCUCAGCCUCAAUGACGCAUUCCUCCGAGCCCUCCCACUCUCCACCCCCUCUGCGGCUGAAGCCCCACCCCCUCGACAGGCCCCGCCCUCAGUGCUCUGUGCCCUGAGACGGUCUGAGGCCAGCAACUUUGCAGCCAGUUUACGGGAGCUUGAGAAGUGUGGCUGGUACUGGGGCCCUAUGAACUGGGGCGAUGCAGAGAUGAAGCUUAAAGGGAAACCAGAUGGGUCUUUUCUGGUGCGGGACAGUUCUGAUCCACGUUACAUCCUUAGUCUGAGCUUCAGGUCUCAGGGGGUCACCCACCACACACGCAUGGAGCACUACAGAGGUACGUUUAGUCUGUGGUGUCAUCCGAAGUUCGAGGACCGCUGUCACUCUGUGGUGGAGUUCAUUGAAAGGGCCAUCAUGCACUCCAAAAAUGGAAAAUUCCUCUACUUCCUGCGAUCUCGGGUCCCAGGUCUUCCUCCGACUCCGGUGCAGCUGCUGUAUCCAGUCUCUCGCUUCAGUAACGUCAAGUCUCUGCAGCACCUGUGUCGCUUCUGCAUCAGACAGAUCGUCCGGAUCGACCACAUCCAGGAACUUCCACUGCCCAGACCGCUGAUCUCAUACCUGAGUAAGUUUUAUUACUACGACCCGGAGGAGGAGAUGUACAUGUCAGUGAAGAAGAGUGUCCGAUCAAGUGAGGAGGCAGAGGCUGAGCCAGAACCCCAAACGUAGCACCAAACACCAACAACAGUUUGUGGAUGGAGGACUGUUGUGAUUGGUUCCCUGGCCCCGGCUUUGUCCAAUCGAGUUCCUGGAAAUGAGCGUCCCGUUUGAUUGAUACGGAUCUGCUACCUGUUGGAUUUUACCUGAGGGGUUUUGUUUUGCUGCUUUGAUACAAAAAAAGAAACUUGAAGGAAUAAAGACGUAAAAACUGAAGUGAACCCAAAGGAGCACAGAGGAUGGACAUGUUGAGACUAAAACAUGAUCGAACUUUAAGAAAAAAAAAAAAACUCUAAAAACUCUAAAAAUGCACUGGUUUCUUUGUACAAGUAAUUUCUGCUGACGCUUUCUUGUUUCCCUCCAUUUUGUCGAAGAUGAGGGUUGUUCAUUCAACAAUGACAGAUAAUUGCACAGAGGCAGGGUCUAUGGGAAAACUCAUAUAUGGCCUUUAUUAUUAUAUCUUUGAUUAUUAGGACAUUGAUUUCAGUUUCAAAGGGGCUAUAUCCAGUCCUUUCAUGUAAUAAUUUAAAAUUUGUUACCCCUCAGUACACAUAUAUUGUGAAAGCUGUAUGCAUCUAAUUAUAAAGCAUUUUUAUCAACAGUGAAACAGGAACUAAAGCUGUUGCACUGGUGCACUGUUAGCGUGUUAGUUGUUGUUAGCAGUGACAUGUCACCAAAUCUCUGUUCUGGUCUCUGAAAGUUAUGAAAAGCACUUAUAAACUCAUUGUGGUGAAUAACGAGUAUGCAAGGAAUGUAUUAAGAAAGUAUUGUGGAUAAUGUUUUGGACCACAUUUUAAAAUGAACUAGUUCUGUUUUUCACAUAUUACGAUGGCAAAAAUCAGGUACAGUGCCUUUAAGUUAUCAAUUCCUCAAGUAGGAUUUCAGUAGAUUCUUUAAGUGCAAUUUUUGUCUCCAAUGUGUGAUGUAAGAAAAAUAAAGUUGAGUAGAAAUAGCCUCCACUUAAAUAUAAACAUUGAAAAUACAUUUUAAAGUAAGACUAAUGCUAGAAAGUGAAGAUUACAGUUGGUUAAAAAUAAAAUUUAAAUAUUAAUAUAAAAAUAUAUAUAUUGUUUUUAAAUUUGAUCUGCUUUGUUUUUGUAUGAAAGACACAUUUAUUAACUCCAGCCUUAAUGGGCCAGAGGAGUAACAAAUUACACAUAACCAAAUGACCUAUACUUCCCAUGAUCCUUUGCCUCCGAGUGCAAUUAUCUGCUCCGACAAAUCUCUAGGUUUUCUCUGUUCAAAUGUCAGGUGUAUUUUGCUCAUUUGGUUCUCGGUAUCCUGAAGCUACAGCGUUUUCAGUAAAAACAUAAAAAUAAAAAUGUGUUUUGUCAUUUUUGUGGGGCCCUUCCCCAUAAUACAAUAGGUGUAGGAUCUCCCAUUUAAUUACUUGGUUAAAAAAGACCCAAACUGCUGUAUCAUCACAACCAGCCAAACACAUGAAUGAUAAUUAAUUGAUUUGGUCAUAAAUAAGUAAAUAAGAGCAUAGGUUACAAGUAAAGUCAGUAUGAAUUGUAUACUGUAUUCUCAAUUGUACUUUUGACCACCAAAUGUCCUCAAAGAAGUGAUUGAACAGAAGUAAAGCCUGGAAUAUUCCACAGUAUGACAUUACAUAUAUCUAUUUCCAUGGAGACAAGCAGAUAAUGACACCAGGUUACAGGUCAGCUCAGUGGAAAGGAAUUACACAGUAGGAUUGUUAUUUUUUAAUAAUGAAAAUAACUGUAAUUGAACAAAUGCAAGAUAAAUACUGAACAUUCCAGGCAAGCAAUAACGUAAUACAUGGAGAUAAGGUGGCAAACUCUCCAACAGAAAAGUUAUUAGUCCUUUAAUAGGAAAUCUGUUUUUGUCCCUGAAAAUGCUCCCCUCUUAAAAUCAUAUUGGCCUGAAAAUGUUUUAAACAUCAGUCAGAGAUUGUGAUCCUUUGUGAUUUCAAAUCAUGUGUCAAGAAAAUGUUUUAGUUUGAACUUUUAACCCCGCCCACUUAGUACGUUCUGCCACUGCUCCAUGAUAGGGAAUCAAUUUUCCCAUGAUUCUUAGAAACAAUGUGCUUAAUUGGAUGAAAAAAAGCGACCUGGUCAAUACAGUUCUGUAUUAACUAUUACACAAGAAAAUGCUGUGUAAAAUAAAUAGAUUAUAUUUUAAA